AUGAUUCGACUGUUUCUUCGUACUGUUGUGUCAGCGGUGGCGCUUGCUGGAGCACUUACGUCUUCAACAACAGCGCAAUAUUUAAAUUCGAGCAGUUUCGACGAUGUGAAUGCAGGUGUUGAAAAAGAAAGCUUUGGGGUUGGAUGCAACAGUAGCACAGAGUACCCAAAAAUAUCAGAUUCAACCUAUUUACAACCAAUGUUUGCUUACUUGAUCACGAACCCGUUGGCAAAUUUCAUUGCGGUGCACUUCGAACACUUCGAAUUACCCGUUGACGACUAUGUUCAGAUUCGUGCUGCUGAUCCUGCAGCUGUUGAUACUCGUGUUCUGCAAUAUAGUGGUGCUGAGCAUCGUGGUACUUUCUUCGCGGAUGCUUUGUCAGCAUCAUCAGUGAUAGUAGAGCUGUUUACAAAUGCAUCAAGUUCAGCACAGAAGACAACGUUAUCGGAAUGUAUCGGAUUUGUAGUCGAUAGCUACCAGUAUUUGGGUCAGGGAUCAACAUUAAAUGGAUCCAAAGAAGAAGUUUGUGGCGCAGACAAUAGCCGCGAGGCCCAAUGUUAUUCUGGCUACACGAGUGUUUUUCAGGCUUCGAACGCUGUGGCUCGGCUAUUAAUCAAAAAGUCAACAGGAUCCUUCUUUUGUACAGGUUGGCUCAUUGGUAGUCAAGGGCAUCUCAUAACUAACCACCACUGCAUCUCAACUCAAAGUCACGCCAGUAAUACAGAAUUUGAAUUUAUGGCUCAGGGAUCAAGCUGUGGCAUCAACUGCGCUGGAUCUCGGGCGUGUUUUGGUACUAUUCGCGCUUCAUACGCUAGACUUAUCUAUGCUGAUGCGUCUCUCGAUUACGCUCUCGUGAAACUCCCUAUCAAUUUAUCCGGUCAGUACGGCUAUUUACGUCUUCGUUCUCGUGGAGCUGUCAUGAAUGAGCGUGUAUACGUGCCUCAGCACCCCUCUGGCUGGGGCAAGCGUAUUGCUAUGAAGUCAGACAGUGGCUUUGGAACGGUGUCGUCUUUGACCAUGGGAGGUUGUGCGCCUAAUCAAGUCGCGUAUUACUUAGAUACGCAGGGUGGUUCGUCGGGUUCCCCUGUUCUUUCGUGGCGGGAUAAUGCUGUGGUGGCUCUGCAUCAUUGUGGUGGUUGUCCCAAUACAGCAAUUAAUAGCUACAAGCUCGUAAACGAUAUGAAGUGGCGUGGAAUUCUCCCUGCCAACGCUUGUACUUAA